AUGAGUAGUUUGAAUAUUGCAAGUCAGUUCCAAAGUCAGGAUGUCAACACUAUUAUGAAUAACUUGCUAGAUUCAGACACCGAAAAUAAUCAAGAGAUGAUAAUAACUACCGCUCCUUACCACGCGCCAGUUUCUAAACUCAAUGAAAGUGACGAUGAAGAAGAAGAAGAAGAAGAAGAAGAUAAUGUGUGUAAUGAUGCUAAAGACGACGAAGAUGAAGAAAAUAACAAUACUAAUGAUCUCACGGCAAUUCUCCAGCAAGAUGAAACUAACGCCAUCAACACAGAGAUGAUUUCCCGUCACAACCGUUUCCAGAAAUUAUUGGCGCGUCGUGCCAAUCGAGUACAACGAUUGAACAAAAUUGUUAGUAAAACCCUCCAAGAAGCAGGAAUGGCCCAACCAUCAGUAACCACUGUAUCUGUUGUUGAGCCACACAUGAUGGGGGAUAAUCCAGAAAAGAGCGUGCUUGAUCAAUUAAACGAGAGUGAUGAUGAAGAUGACAAUGCUCAGAAUUCGAUACUAGAGAGAAUCGAAAAGAAAAAGUCUGAUGAGAUCACCCAAAUAAUAAAUCCGCCAACCCAACCUUCCAGUGCUACCAUACCACUAAACACCGAACCAACCCAAGUUAUUCUCUCUACAGCAACUCAGCCUGUUGGUACUAUGACUUCUGAAAAGAACUUAUCCGCGAUUUUCGAAGAAGAAUCAGAAGAUGAUAUACCACCAGAACAAGAACGACAACAGCAACAACAAGAGGAAGAAGAUCUUGCUUCGUCAUCGCAAAAUGCUGCUUCCAGACUCGCUCGCCAGAAAAGAGAACAACGACUUCUUAGGGACUUGGCCGAAGAAGAACAACUUCUUGAAAACUUGGAAUCAAAAAUCUCCACCGGGUCGAUUCGUGACAAGCGCAAUCAACAAGAGUUAUUAGAUAUUGCUGCAAAAACUCAAGAACUAUCGUUGAAGUAUAAUUUACAACCUAUCAUUUACAAUAAGAUUGAAAUUACUAAGAAUGAUCUAUUAGAGGAUUUUGGGUUUAGUGAAGGCGUUUUCCAACCUACAAUCAGGAAACCUAACAAUGUGCAAGAAUCAAGCAGUCCAAUCUCCAAAUCUUCUCAGCUUGAGGACUUUGCUAAUAUAAAUAGUGGGGAUGAAACUGAAUUAUCUGAUAUCGACGCAAUCAUGUUUACUGACUCCAAAGACCAUAAAGUGAAAUCCCCUAAAUCUUCAGGUAAUCCAUUGGCUAGAUACACCGAAGCGUUGAAGGAAAAAAUAAGUCAAAAUGGUAAAAUUGAAUUUUCUGAUUCUGAUUCCGAUUCUGAUAUUGAGAUCAAGACAGAGUCCACCCCAAAUAUUGCAAGCUCCGUCACUGAUGUUGAAGUCAAGAAUUCUAUUGAGUUCAGAGUUCCUAAACCCAAAUUGUUUGAUUUGAAAGUGAAGUUUGCCCGCAAGAAACAGCAACGGAAAAUGAACGAACAAGAGUGUCAAAUCCAGCCACAUAAUCAUCAAUUGCUGCAACAUCCAAAUGGCAAGAAAAAGAAUUUAACCAAGAAAGAUUUGGUGGCGAUGAUGAUGAGAAAGCACCGUGACAGUGUUAUAAAGUCCAGGUUUGAUGAGGAAGAAGAAGAGAUGAAAGCGGUGUUAGGUGAUGAUUACGACUACUCUAAUGCGAAAGCUUUGAUGGGUGCCAGACAAACAAACAGAAAUGGCGAUGAUGUGGAUGUGAGUAGAUUAGUUGAGGAUGCCAUGGCUUAUGAACUACGAAGAAGUGAGAAACUACAAGAAGAGAAAGAGGCCAAGGAACAAGGUCUUGUUGAUGAAGAAGAAGAUCCAGAUUACGAAUAUGAAGAAGAAGGAGAAGAAGAAGAAGAAGAAGAAGAUGAUGAUGAUGAUGGAUCGGUGCACUCUAAUGAUGAAGAAGAAAAAAAAGAGAAAGAAGAAGAAGAACAACAACAACAACAACAACAACAACAACAAGAGGUGAAUUCCAAAGAAAUGGGUGAAGAACAAGAAAAUGAUGAGAAAGAUGAAGAUAUUUUAACUCAAGUUAAUUAUAAUCAUGACAUUACCACCACCACCUCACCAUUAGAAACUGUGAACGGUAAUAACGAGGAUGAAGAGGAAUCAGGGGUCCUUAGAAUAAGGAAAACAAAAAAGGGUGUAUUGUUUGAUGAAGAAGAUGAUGAAGAAGAAGAUGAAGAUGAUAAAGAGCACGAAUCUACUGCCACUUCAUCUACCUUGAUUACCACAGUACCACUAGCUAAGGAUGCCGAGCCAACAAAUGUUGAUUUGGAUACCACUAUUUUGAAGGUUGCUUCCCACAAAGAUUCUGAUGAAGAAGCCGAGAUUAAUUUUGGUAAAGGAGCAGGACUCACCCAGAAACUUAAUGGUUUAUUUGCCAAUGGAAGUACCCAAUCACAAUGCAAUGUCUCACACAACAAUAAUAUCGAUGAUGAUGGACUCUUAUAUGCUACUCCAACCCAAUCCCAAUUUGUAAAACCUUCGAUUCCAACCCAAGGAAACGUGAUACAAAAGCUUCGGGAAAUGGAAUACAAUGUGGACAUGAUCGAGGAUGAUGAUGAUGGGGCUAUUGUUUUAGGAAACCAGAAGGCUAAGGAUACCACGAUGAAUCAAGAUGACAAUGUUUCUCAAUCUUUGUAUGAUGAUGAAGAUACUUCAAACAAUACUGGGAUGGGAAGAUCCAACCGCCGUUCUUUUGUUGUUGGAUUUGAUUUUGGAAAAUCUAAAGCCGAAGUGGCGGUUGAUGAUGACAAGAGAAGUUUAAAGGAAGAUGAAGAUGUAUUGAAAGACUUUUUGGCUAGUGAAACCCAAAAUGAUGAUGAAUUUGUUGGUACUAGAGUGGAUAAUAGUGAAGAUAAUGAUGUUGGUAGGGAAAUUGUUUCCAAAGAAGUUGAAGAUGAUGAUCAGAACAAUAAGAAGACCAGAAAACUCCAAAGAAAACGUGACAUAAUUAUUGAAGAGGAAGAAGAAGAGGAAGAAGAAGAGGAAGAAGAAGAGGAAGAGGAAGAGGAAUCUGAAUCUGAAGAAUUGGAUGAUGAAGAGCGUGAGCGGAUGAUUAUAGAAUCGAAUAGAAAAGUGUUUGAAUUACAAAGACAAGAAGAGUUGGCCAAACGGAAGAAAGAAUUACAAAUGCGGAAGAAUGGGUUGAACGAUAUUGUUGAUCGUGAAGCCGAAGAAAGUGAAGAUGAGUGGGCCGGAGUUGGUGGUCAAGAUAGAGACGCUUUGCUCGAUGAUAUCGAUAGUGAAGAUGAAAAAAUGAUUGAUAAUUUCACCAGGGCCGGGAAAAAGGAUAAUGAAGAAUUAAUGAAAUUGAUGCACAAUGAAAGUUUGGUCAAGGAUCAAGAAAUGGUUGAGAAAUUGAGACAAGAUAUCGAAUUAGGAAGGUUAGGGAAACGAGGAUCAGGGAACUUUUUGGAGAUUGACGAUGAUAGUUAUCUUGAUGAUUUGGAAAGAAUGAACUUUUUGAAAGCCCGGAGAGAACGCCAAAAGAAGAAGAUGAUGGAUAAUUUAUCAGUUGUUGAAUUGGGGAAAAAUAAAAAGACCAAGGCAUUUUUUGAAACCAUUGCUGAGGAAACCAACACGUAUGAAUUUAGAGAAUCAGUUGGCGGGUUCUUAAACUUUGGUGAGGAAGGUGAUACUACUAAAGGGAAACUUGAAGAUGAAGGGAAGAUUAUUAAAAAGAGAAAGUUCCAACUCAGUGAGGAAUUUGUCAGAAGCAAGUUGAGUUUUCUUGAUGAUGACGAAGACGAUCAGAGUGCUGUUGACGAUAUGUCUAGAAAACGAAAGAGAUUGGACGGAGGAGACCUCAGCGGAGUUAUUGAUGAUGCUGAAGACGACGGAUCGGAUGCUGAGGAUGAUAUGAUGAGAUUGAAGAGGAAUUCUGUGUUCAAUAGUCAAUGCGAGAGCGUGGUUGUGAGAUGCGACAGUGUUGAUACCGAUAACGAUAUGGGGAUUAUUAGUUCAUCGUCGAUCAUUAGCAGUGGAGCGUUGUUCAAGAAAGGCCGAUCUUCGGUAGUUUCUAGUUAUAGAAGUUUCAAGGAGACAUCGAAGAAUGACAUCAGUGAAGGAAGAGGCAUGGGAGUGGGGGAUGUGGUUGUUAGUAAAGGAUACAAGGCGGUUGGGGGCAAGACAGCGUCGAUUACGUAUUUACAGAGUAAGUCGGUGGUGCAGAAGAAACGAGGUGUUGUUGGUAGUGCUGACAGAAGUAGGAAGGUGUUUGGGUGGGGCAAGAGAUGA